AUGGUGAAGCCGAUUCUUUUGACAGCCGCUUGCGCUCUGUUCCUGGGUGCCGUUGCCGGUGUCCCAUUCUCGUCCCCACAAGAUAGCUGCCAGGACUUGGCCAAGUAUGUCCAAGGAGCGAGCAAGCUGCCUGUCAAGCCAGAUGAGGAUGGCGUCGUCAGCUACGUCUCAGGCUCAGUAGCCAAGAAGAUGUUCCCCGGAGCGGCCGGUAAACUUUCCAUCUUCAGGAAGUACACUUUUGUCACCUAUUUCAACAAGUGUGAGGCGGCCCCAGCCUACACACAGGCGCAAGUCAAGUCGGGUCCCUACAAGUUGGAAAAGACAUCCAAGUUUGCCUACGACUUGGGUCUGCAGGUUGGCAUGGAGGCCAACCUCGCCAAUGUCUUCAAGUACCUCCCCAAUGUCUCUGUCAAGGCUGGUGUCACACGAGGCACCGAGACGGUCGAGAUUUCCGGUGUCGAAAUCAAGGCCGGCGAGCUCAAGCAAGAAUGUAUUGUUUCGCCUGGAUGGUGGUGCACCGCCCUGGUCCGACUCGAUGACUUUGACAGCAGCGAAAUCAUUAUUGAUGAUCGCAUUCGAGACCCCGUUUUCUUCCCUGCGGCGCUGAACGGCAAGAGUCUCUACUCGGAUGUCUGGCUCGAUGUUCCCACAAGAGGUGGAUCUAGCAGCUUCUCGUGGCAGUAG